AUGGAUAUUAGAAAGAAUUUCUACACAGAAAGAGUGGUGAAGUGUUGGAACAGGCGGCCUAGGCAAGUGGUGGAGUCACCAUCCCUGGCAGCGCUCAAGAAACAAGCAGAUGAGGCGCUUAGGGACAUAGUUAACAGGCCUGGUGGUGAUGGGUUUGCGACCUCCACCAGGGAGGCUCUGCAUCACAAAACCAUCAAACCCUUAUUGAAUGCAUUCAACCAGAUUCCUGGCAGUGAAAAUGAAAAAAAAUGCACCUUGGACCAAACUUUUAGAGUUGUUGUAGAAGAAGAAAUAAUAAACAAAGCACCAUGUGAAAAUCUCCUGGCAAUUAUUUCUCUUGCUAUUAAUGGAGUCACAGAAGGCAUUUGCACUGCGUCAACCCCUUUUGUUCUUCUGGGAGAUGUUCUGGAUUGCCUGCCUUUGGAUCAGUGUGACAAAAUCUUCACUUUUGUGGAGAAAAAUGUUGCUACAUGGAAAUCUAAUAUGUUUUAUUCUGCGGGGAAAAAUUACUUGCUGCGAAUGUGCAAUGACCUCCUAAGAAGAUUAUCUAAGUCACAAAACACGGUCUUCUGUGGAAGAAUUCAGCUGUUCUUGGCUAGGUUAUUUCCGCUUUCAGAAAAAUCAGGGCUUAACUUGCAGAGUCAGUUUAACCUGGAAAAUGUCACAGUUUUCAAUACCAAUGAACACGAGAGCACUCUAGGACAGAAGCAUGCAGAGGAGAGAGAGGAAGGAAUGGAUGUAGAAGAAGGUGAAAUGGGAGAUGAUGAAGCACCAACAAGCUGUUCCAUUCCAAUAGAUUACAACCUGUAUAGAAAAUUCUGGUCACUUCAAGAUUACUUUCGGAAUCCUGUGCAGUGCUAUGAAAAAGUCUCAUGGAAAACUUUUCUUAAGUACUCAGAAGAAGUUUUGGCUGUUUUCAAAAGUUACAAAUUGGAUGACACUCAAGCUUCCCGGAAAAAGUUGGAAGAACUAAAAACAGGAGGAGAACAUGUAUAUUUUGCGAAGUUCCUAACUAGUGAAAAGCUGAUGGAUUUACAGCUGAGUGACAGUAACUUUCGCCGUCACAUCCUGUUGCAGUAUCUAAUACUGUUUCAGUAUCUAAAGGGACAGGUCAAAUUCAAAAGUUCAAACUAUGUUCUAACAGAUGAACAGUCUCUUUGGAUUGAAGAUACUACAAAAGCAGUUUACCAGCUUCUUUCAGAAAAUCCCCCAGAUGGAGAAAGAUUCUCAAAAAUGGUAGAGCAUAUACUAAAUACUGAAGAAAACUGGAACUCUUGGAAAAAUGAGGGCUGCCCAAGUUUUGUGAAAGAAAGAUCUCAGCCAGAGUUUCAGCUUGGACCUCCGGAGUCAAAGCCAAUGAGGCCUGUGAGAAAGAGGCCAGCUCCAGAGGACUUCUUGGGAAAAGGACCAAACAAAAAAAUCCUUAUGGGGAAUGAGGAGCUAACACGUCUUUGGAAUUUAUGUCCUGACAACAUGGAAGCUUGUAAAUCUGAGAGCAGGGAGUACAUGCCCACACUGGAGGAAUUUUUUGAGGAAGCUAUUGAGCAGGCAGAUCCUGAAAACAUGGUUGAAAAUAAGUACAAGGCUGUGAACAAUUCUAACUACGGCUGGAGAGCACUGAGAUUACUAGCACGCAGGAGUCCCCACUUCUUCCAGCCAACAAACCAACAGUUCAAGAGUUUACCAGAAUAUCUAGAGAACAUGGUAAUCAAAUUAGCCAAGGAGCUGCCUCCUCCUUCUGAAGAAAUAAAAACAGGCGAAGAUGAAGAUGAGGAAGAUAAUGAUGCUUUAUUAAAGGAAAACAAUGAAAGUCCAGAGGUGCAGCGGGACAAGGCCAUGACGGGCGAACAAAUCGAGUCAUUUGCCAACAAGCUUGGGGAGCACUGGAAGGUUUUGGCCCCCUAUUUGGAGAUGAAGGACUCUGACAUACGGCAGAUCGAGUCGGAUAGCGAAGACGUGAAGAUGAGAGCCAAGCAGCUGCUGGUGGCCUGGCAGGACCAGGAGGGGUCCCACGCGACACCCGGGAACCUCAUCACUGCGCUCAGCAAGGCCGGGCUAAGCGACCUUGCGGAGAGCCUCACGAAUGACACUGAGAACAGCAGUUAACUAACUC